AGAGAAGUUACGGAAAGGACAGGCAACAGCAGGAGGAGGGAAAGCGAGCAGCAAGACACAUAUACAACAAAUGGCUGGGAUAUUUUCGUCAAACGACGUAGACGAGCUCGACAACGGGGCGUCCACGGCAGACGUGGAUAUGGACGUGGAUGUCGAUGUCGAUGUCGAGAUGGAAAACGAGAAUGAAAACGAGAAUCAGAAUGGGAACAUGACCGAGGGCAAGGAGGACGACAGUACAACAGCAAGGACUGAUGCCAAUACUGGGGAGGAGCAAGCGGGUGGAGAAGGUGCUAAAAAUGGCAAGACUUCGAAGAAAGAUUCGAUCAACACUCCAGCAAUACCAGAGUUAACCAGAGCUGACAAAACUUUGGAUGAGUUGUUGGACUUGCUGGACGAUCCCGACUUCACGCCCAUAAUACCAGAUGCGGUGACGGAUUACUACGUUGCGAAGAGUGGUCUUGAUCUUGGUUUCACGUCAUCGACCACUGGCUCCUCCGUCGAAGCCACCAAGAUCAAGCGGUUGCUAGCCUUGGCCACACAAAAGUUCAUCUCAGACAUUGCCACGGACGCCUAUGAGUAUUCACGAAUCAGAAGCAACUCCGCAGUUUAUUCGGCGAACAACCCACAGACCCGAUCGAGAGCAUUGCUCAUGGCAACAAUGGCGAAGGCCCGUGGAACCACCAACUCAAACGGAGACGUUGGCGGGAACUCGACGGCGGCGUCGGCGACCUCCAACACCAAUGCUGGGGCAAAUGCCGGAAAUGGCGGCGAGGAGCAAGGAGAAGGUGAUGUGGCAAUCAACGGAAGCUCCUUGAAUCCAACUGGUGCCAACCAGAACAAGGAAAAGGUCACGUUGACCAUUGAAGACUUGAGCAGUGCGUUGGAUGAAUAUGGACUCAACAUCAACAGGCCUCAAUUCUACAGAUGAGGAGCAUGGAAAGCAAGGGAUUUAAAUAGAAACAGCGAAACAGCGAAACGUUGAGAUUCUUCUCCCUUUGUAAUCAAUACUUGUUCCAUGCUCGUUGUACAUUUUUUAUUCGUUUCUUCUGUAUCAUAACCUAAAUUUAAAAAAUGGAUUUUCGAC